AUGCGGCCUCCAAACCAUUUAACCUCGCCCAUUGGCAUCGCGUCCCUGACAUGUCUCGCCUUGGCGAGUGCUUCCUCCGCCAACGCCGACGCCAACGCCAGCUUCAACAUUAACACCGCGAUAUCAGACACUUGCCCGCCAAAGGACACCUCCACACUCAUACUCCCUCCCCCCUCACACAUCUCAUGCCCACCCAUCACUAGCAACAGCUCCCCGCCUCAUCUCUUCUCUCCCUUCACCCAUCCGCCCAUAUGUACCGACCAACGCACGCCCGAGACCUACUGCAUCUUCACCUCCAGCCACAUCGGCCACCACGGCCUCAGCCUCAUCACCACUCCCUUCCUCGCCGCCACUCUCUCCCCCCUCCUCCAUUCCCUCUAUGACUCCCCAUUCCCCUCCCACCCCACCGUCCGCAAGCCCAAUCUCUUCCCCUUACCCUGCGAGAUCGCCCGCAUCCCCGGAAAAGGCUACGGCGUAGUCGCUACCCGCCGCAUAUCCGCCGGCGACACCUUCCUCGUGGACUACGCCUCGCUCGUCCUGCACGCGGGCUAUCCUAGGGCCACGACGGAUAAGGAACGUGUGGGACUGCUGAAGGAGGCCGUCGAUAGGCUUGUUGAACCCGGACCGAGGGCCGUGAGGGCGCUGGCGAGGAGUGGGCUUUCGAAGGAUUUGCUUGAGGAUGUGGUGCAGACGAAUGUGUUUACGAGGGAGUAUGGGGAUGGGGACGACCAGCAUCAUGUCUUAUACCCCAUCGUCUCCCGAAUAAACCAUUCCUGUAAACCAAACUCUUUCCUCCGCUACUCAUCCCACGGCCUCACAGUCGGCAUCGCCGCCUUCCACGACAUCCAACCAGAUAUCAACCCUCUCGACACUCAUAAAGGCCGCCAAAACCGCCUCAAAUCAAACUGGGGCUUCACCUGCAAGUGCGCCCUCUGCACCUCCCCGACGCGCAUCUCCACCUCCGACGCGGCCCGCGCCAAAAUCCACUACUUCCGCAACGCCGCCACCAAAGCCAUCACGGCCCACGACCUCGACAUUGGCAUCUCUCACCUCAGGGAGCUCGUCGAGACCAUCAAGAAGGAGGACAUGCCUUCGUUGCUGGCGGAUCCCUAUGAGGCCCUCAUGACGGUGCACUGGGUUCUGGGGGAGGAGGAUGACGCUGUGAGGUAUUUGACUUUGAAGCUCGAUGUCAUGGAUGAGUAUGGGAGGUUGGAGGUCCCGGAUAGGGAGGCGGAGGUUAGGGAGACGAUUGAAAGGCUGGGGCCUUUGGGGGCGAGGAAGAGAACGUAA